CUAGAUUGUCUGUCUAUAUGAGGCGCUGUCGAUAGACAAAGUCAUCCUUGUGUGGGGUUAACGCUUUCAAGUUGGAAGGAACUCUACUAUUUGAACAUCCUAAACUACCCACGCGUACAUCGUAAUGGCUUCAGGCAGCCCAGAUGACUCUAGUCGGCAAGCUGCCCUUCCCUGGACACCAGGCGACGUGUCUGAGACUGCAACCGAAGCUCUCCAAGCAUUGGAUACAUACAAGAAGAAGGAUCCAUCCAAAGUGGUGGUUCGCUUUAAGGCCGUCGGUAACGCACCGAUCAUGAGGCAGAACUUCUACAAGAUUACUGCCUCCAACCGUUUCCAGGCUGUCAUACAGUUUUUGAGGAAGGAGUUGGGCUGGAAAGCUGGGGAUCCACUGUUCACAUAUAUCAACCUCGCAUUUUCUCCCGCUCCUGAUGAUACAGUGUCUAAUUUGUACAAGUCGUUCGCUACGGAAGGACAUCUGAUAGUCAAUUACAGCACGACGGCGGCAUGGGGGUAACACUCUUGCUAAUGAGCGACAUCUUGUGUCUUCUGUUUUGCGCACAAUUUUGUCAUCACCAAACCCUACACUCGCCAAGGUUUAUUCGAAUUUCGCUACCUCUCUUCGAAGGCUAUGCACCAAUCUUAUCGAAGGGUAUAGUGACAAUACAGGAAACUCUUCGUCGACAUGCGCGAUACUACAAAUACUCUAAUUUAUACUUUCCCUGGGUGAUAGGAAAUAAAGUCCUGCUACCACUAACGUGGGAGUUGGGGACUCCGUCAUGUGUUCACGAAGUCUAUCCAUCUACAACUUGAAUUUGCCUACUUAAUGCAGUUCUGGUGUAAUGAUCAAGGUGCUCCGAAUUCCGGACAAUUGAGGUACAUCCUCGGAUAAAAUUAUCUCCGU